UUAUUCAAAAAAUAGAUUUCAAUAGAAGAUUAAUUUUGAUUAUGGUGCCACAUAGAGUAGUUGAAAUUUGUUCCGUUAACAGCGCUACAUGUUCAAGAAAAACAACGUGUGUUUUUAAAGUUGAGGUUAUAAUUUUAAAAAAAUGUAAAAAAAUAUUUAGUUUACCGUGUAAAGUAAAAUAUAUUAAUUAAUAAUUUUUAACAAUUAAAAAAAUGGCACAAAAGCUAAUUUCAACUUUACCCUUACAACAAGACGCUCAGUUUAUGGUAAUUGAUGAAGAUGAAGAAGCACUGAAUGCCGAAAAUUUAUUAAAUGGAUGGAUGCAAAUAUGGAGUUCUACAAAUACUUCACAGGAAAUCAAUUAUUUAUCAUUUUUUCAUCCAAAAUCAUACUAUGAUGAUUUAUUAACAAUGUUUCCUGCAAAUAAUUUGAAAAUACAUGAUUAUUGUUCAGUAGAUAUUAAUAAAAUAUCUGAUAAAAAAGAGAUCAAUUUAGAAUCUAUAAUGAAAAGCAUUGCGACAAAUAACAAAUCGAUUGUAAUUAUUAAUUGUUUGAGUUCUUUAAUAGUAGAUGUAGGUUUAGGUAAAGCUAUAAAAUUUGUAGAAAAAUUAUCUCAACAUGUUUAUAAAUUAAUUUGUAUAUACAGAUAUGAUUUUGGAAGAGAAAAAGUACCAAGUAUUGAAACUCUUGGUACCACUUAUGUUCAAUUAGGCAAAUGUAAAGAUACAGUAUUAAUUGGUGAAGUUUCUUAUGAAGUAUCAGUAGUUCAUCGCAAACAAGGAGGUGGAAUUUUGAAAAAAGAAAUAACAAUAAACCAAGAUCUCAUUACAAAUGAAAUUAAAUCUGAAAAAAUUAUUGAAAAAUCUGCUACCACAAUGGCUACAUCAUCUGAACCAACAAUAAAACCACAAGCUUCUUUCAGAACAGAUAUGAAUUCCAGAGAAUUAGAACAAAGGAAUCAAACACCUUUGCCUUACUUAAUAAAACCCGAUGAUCCUGUAAAGGAAUCUCAAAUUUAUUAUGUACCAGAUUUUAAUGAUGAUAUUGAUGAAGAAGAUCCGGAUGACGAUUUGCCAUUUUAAUUGUUAUUAUUUACAAAAAAGAAUUUCGAAUAUUCAAGUAACAAAAUAUUGAUACAAUUUAUUCUAUUUUAAAUAUUAAUAAAACAAUCCUUUAUUUUUAUUAAUAAAUUUAAAUCACAAUUAUUUGUUACUGUCGUGUAUUUAUU